GCAUCGCUCCGCACAGGUCGACUCGGCGGCUUCUCUUGCCUCCCCUAAUUUCCUUUCUUGCCCCACAAUUCCGCGCGGCGGAGGCCCCCCCCCCCUCCCUGGGCGCCCCUGGAGAAGCAAGAUGGCGGAUACAAUGAACAGGAGACGCCUCUCCGCGGCUUGAAUUGAGCCCGCUGGAGGGCACACCCCGUCCGCCCGUUUCCGCUACUCUCGUCCCUGCCGGCGGUCUGCGGGCUCUGCGUUCUCGGGGUUUCCUUCGCCGUUGCUGGUGUUGCCGGUUUCUCCCUGCCCUGACGGCGGCAUGAAGCUGACGGACAACGUGCUGCGGAGCUUCCGCGUGGCCAAGGUCUUCCGCGAGAACUCGGACAAGAUCAACUGCUUCGACUUCAGUCCCAACGGCGAGACGCUCAUCUCCAGCAGCGACGAUGACUCCAUCGUGCUCUACGACUGCCAGGAGGGCAAACCAAAGAGAACAUUGUACAGUAAAAAGUAUGGAGUGGAUCUCAUCAGAUACACACAUGCUGCCAACACUGUAGUGUACAGUUCCAAUAAAAUAGAUGAUACAAUCAGAUACCUCUCGCUGCAUGACAACAAAUACAUCAGAUACUUCCCAGGGCAUAACAAAAGAGUUGUUGCUCUGUCCAUGUCUCCAGUAGAUGAUACCUUUAUUUCUGGGUCGCUUGAUAAAACUAUAAGACUUUGGGAUCUUCGUUCACCUAAUUGCCAGGGUUUGAUGCAUCCUCAGGGGAAACCUGUGUGCUCAUUUGAUCCAGAGGGGCUGAUUUUUGCAGCUGGUGUCAAUUCUGAAAUGGUGAAGCUCUAUGAUCUUCGUUCUUUUGACAAGGGUCCAUUUGCUACCUUUAAGAUGCAGUAUGAUCGAACCUGUGAAUGGACUGGUUUAAAAUUCAGCAAUGAUGGCAAGCUCUUUCUUAUAUCAACCAAUGGAGGAUUCAUCCGACUCAUUGAUGCCUUUAAAGGAGCUGUGCUGCAUACAUUUGCGGGAUACAACAACAGUAAAGCUGUCACAUUAGAGGCUUCAUUCACUCCAGAUUCUCAAUUUGUAAUGAUUGGGUCUGAGGAUGGGAAGAUUCAUGUCUGGAAUGGAGAGGGUGGAAUGAAGGUGGCAGUGCUGGAUGGAAAACACACAGGUCCCAUUACCUGCUUACAGUUUAACCCCAAAUUUAUGACCUUUGCCAGUGCAUGUUCCAACAUGGCUUUUUGGUUACCAACAGUGGAAGACUAGUUCUGGAUUCAUCAUGUUCUCUGGACAUUUUUUACACUUCGUGGACACUUUACACUUCGUGGACAGCAGUGUGCUUGUAGAGAUACUACAAAAGUGUUGACAUUGCAUUUCUCUGAGUGAAUGCAUUUCUUCAGCACAUCUCUGUAUCAUACGAUAGACCUGGCCUUCAAAAGGAAUUCUUCAGUUGGCCCUGCACUGUUUGGUUGGAAAACAAGGGUUCAGAUUUUGCUACCAUCUCAAACAGCAGAAUUCAUUCGAGCUGACCUCAUUGGCAGUGGUACUCUAACAUAUAUUGAUCAAAUGUUGCUACAAAUGAAACUUAUUGAUACAUCAAUUCUCUUUGCUAGUGACUGAAUGUUACUGGUUCCUGUAAACUCCUUGUUGAAUCUUGCUGCAUGCUCUCACCAGCCUGAAGCCUCAUCAGUAUCCAUAUUGCUCAUUUUUUAGGUUGAAGUGCCAUAGUUACACAUGUAACUCUUGUGUCCUUAUGUAAAGGAGUUUGUGUCUGCAUAAUGGGAUCCGUGCGGAUGCCACCGAGGAUUUUGAUCUCCCAGGAGAUUACAUAGAUAUUCUGUGGUAUCAUCUGGACACCUUAAAGUAUUUCAGUGGGCAACUCUGAGCAAUAAAGGAGCCUUUCAAAUGGAAAAUUCUCAGAAACUGACUUACUAAAGAUUCUGUCUGUAAUCCUCUUUCUGAUUAACUUUUGUUGUUUUUAUAAGUAGAACCAGAGGGCACUCAUAUUUUUUUACUAUUAGAUAUUAAAAAAUAACCUUUGGACCAACACAGUAUUGCGGAUUUAAUCUUGGCAGUUUUACCUACCUUUCAAGCAGCAUUCUUCCUGUUUUUCAACUGGUACAGGUUGUAUUCCUUCUGGCUACUGUUUCUUCCGUAAGAUCUUUGUCCAUUGUGUAUCCUGUCAUGUUGUUAAAGUUACCUUAGUUUUUUUCCCCAUUAAUAUUUGAAUGCAGAAUUUUCAGUUAUUUAACCACUCCCAUCCCAGUUGCCUCUUGUAGAAAGAAGAAGCUUACAAUAAAUAGUCUGGGACAACAGGAAGUGUCAUUAAGUUGAGCUCAUAAUACUGUUUGAUAACUUUAGGGCUAAUAAUGUUAAUGCCGUAGUUUCACCAGGUUUAUUAAGACAUGGUGUGAACCACUGUUCAAGCAAGCAGAGUUUUAAUGCUUUGUGGACUAGUAGGAUUAAUUUUCCCUUCAAGCCUCUGUGCUUGUUAAGGUGCCCAGAAUUCUUGGGUUAUACCCUGGCUCUCCACUUAUUCCUGUAUGCAGAAGCUAUGGAUAAAUAAAGUAUUUUUUCUGGCAUGA